AGGAGUGUCAUAAACAAGAACGUAUAGUAUCAUAAUAAUAUAGUAUAGGAAGUAAACCACUUCAGUGAUUCGAGUUGGUGCUACCAGUGAAGAAACACUCACCUUUUAACCGUUUUGAGGAUUUGAUUGAAAAGGAAUGGCUGCCUCUUCCGCAAUGCCUACUAUUGUAGAGAAGAUUACAUUUGCGACCUACCUGCCUCUUCUCUCAAAUGCUACGUCAGAUUCUACUGAGUCCACCCCAGGAUACAUUCUACAAGAAAUAGAGAAACUUAGCUAUGACUAUCCCCACCACUGCAAGGAACUCGCCAGCUACCUGUCGCGAAGGCUGGAGAAACCAUCUCUACAAACUAAACUCAAAGCGCUAAAAAUUUUGGAGCAUCUGGUGUACAAUGGACACGUCAAUGUCAGGGCAGCAUUGCGGAAAAACGACUCGGCUGUGAAGGCGGCUGUGAUGUGCAGUGGAAUGGCUGAUCCGUUGACCGGGACGGUUGUCCUCGAGAGCAUCAGGAAAAUGGCCAAGUCCCUCUUGGACACUCUUUACGCGACUGGUAGGAUAAAGGAGGACGAGGAGCUUAUUUCGCAAAAUAAAGAUGUCAGACCCCAGAGACCUUUCCUUGGAGCCAUGGGAGCAAGUAAUUUGACUGACACAAAAUAUCAAGGCUUUGGCAACAGCCCGAAUACUAAAGAAGCAAACGUUGUAGAUAAAGUUUGGAGCUACUUUGAUAAAUUGUCCACACCAAGUGAUACUAAUUCGAAAAUCAUCAAGGAUGCUAUUGCCAGUGAAACUGGUGAUUAUGAAGCUGUGCAAAUUCCGCAGCAAUUCGCGCAAUUCCGACGCCCAGAGCCCUUAUCCAGGCGCAUGCCUGACCUGCCGCGGACCGUUAAAGUUGCCGUGAAACAUCAUGUGCCUGGGAAGGCAGGAGGAGGAUGGGAGGAUUCAGAUGAAGAGCAAGAAAAGGAGCAAAAUUCUGCAAUAAGUGAACACAGAAGUUUAGCUUCCAUCGAUUUGUUAGAAGAGAGUAUGAACGAUAACUCAGAGGAGUGCACAAUUAUUAGGCAGUAUGCGGCAAAGAACGAUUUCCCGGUGUCGUGGAAUGAGGUUUCAGACUUAUGUGCUGAGUGCAUGAAGCUGAGCAUCACUGAUAUCUUAGCAUCCGUGGGAAACGAGCUGGCAGAAUCAAGCGGCAAUCAGAGUCUCCGACUGAUGGUGCUUUUAGAAACGCUGCUGCAGACCGAGGCUUUUGCCAGUGUUAGGACCGUAGAACAAGCAAAAAUUAUACUGGAACCUAAACUUCUGGGUAUUGCCAACAACAUUGGCGCUUCCGAAAAUGUUGUCACCAAAUCAAAGAAAAUUAUUUUUAUAAUCAAUGCUAGAGCGGGCCCAAGUUCAAGCGGCUAGAGCUUUUUGGAUUCUUAUUGAUUAAAGAGUAAUUAAAUUUGAAAGUAA